GGGGAGUGGGGUAUUUAUUAGAAGCUCCUAUUCAAAAAGAGAAUGAGAAGAUGCAUUAUGAGUUUUGUGGGGAUUUGGGGAUUAAGGCUACUCAUGAACAGGCUUUUGAUUAUCAGCCGAAGUUCGUUCUUUUUGAAGCUAGAAAUACUGGGGAUAGUGCACACUUGGACGAGAUAAAAAAAAGAGCAGAGGAAAAAUUUGAACAAGAAGGAAAAGAGACUAAAGAUUAUCUAAAGAAAUAUAGAGGGUUAUUUAGCCGAAAAUUCUUUUUAGUGGUCGGUUGUGAAGAACAGGCUAAACAAAUACUAGCAGGAGAUCCACAAGGAAGAAAAGGAUUGUUUAAACAUAGUGAAAAAAGAGAAGAAAUUUUGUUUACCAAGGAUCCACAAUUCACCGAAUGA